CCAUAAAACAUAUCACUCUUCACGCAUCCUCGAAAGCCUUUCUCACAAAGCAUCCUCAACCACCAACAUGAGAACCGCUUUGCUGUCCGCCCUCUCCCUCCUCACCCUCAGCGCCGCAGCCUUCAAUGUCUCCGUCACCUUCCACGGCGCAACCGAGGACGAAUCUUACUCCCUCCUCUUUCCCACAGACACCACCGCCGUGCAGAUUGAUAACCCCAUGAUCGUGUACAGCAUCUCUUCUCCGGGCGGCGGCUUUUGCACCUUUGUAGGGGUGGAGGGUGAGGAUGUGGUUAUCUUUGCUGAGGAUGAGGAGACUUUGACGACUCCGCAGGCGAUGAAGUGGGGCAGUUGUGAUAGUAACUGAGAGUUGGCUGAACAGAGCCAGGACCGCCAGGCUGGGCUCUUUUUCCAGGUGGCUGAUACAGGAAUGUAUCGAUUGUCAUUAGCUCUCUUUAUUGUACAAGACGUGGAGCGGGGAGGGCCCUCAUCUUCGCCGCCCGGCUCCUCGACAUGCUGGCCAGGCUGACAGACCGUCUUUCGGCUCGGGGUGCCAGGUAGGUUCGGAGGCAGUGGUUCCUGUAGCCCGUUUACUGCAUUGUAGCAGGCUCAGCAGCCACUAGUUGUUGUAUUACCCAUUUCAUUUUUCAUCCUUGUUGGUGUAAGCCAAGAGGCAUUAUCUUCA